CAUCAGCACGCCCACAGUGUCCUCAAUAAAGUAAUUAUUACUUUUCUUACAUUGUCAACAAAAAUCUAAUUUGUGGAAGACCUGUUACAUUGGAAUGCAUUUUUAAUUCACAGAUUUACCUGAUGUAGUGACUGGUGAAUGCAGGUGUUAUUUCAUACAUUUAUAGCUCAAGUGCGAAAUGAGGAAGCUAAUGGAGCAAAAUUUCAAUAAAGGGAUACUACAUCAACAAUAAAUCUAUAAAUCAUACUGUUGAAUGUGUUUUUUUAGAAAGGAAAACUUUUAUUUCAUUCUUAGUAAUACUGUACCUGUGCAUGAACUCAAGCCAUUUUAUCAAGGGGAUGUGAGACUUCGUGAAUAUCGAGCCAUUGCGUACAGACUGUGGAGAACUUCUAUGAUGCUUACAAACCCUGUGGGAAAAGAAGGCAAAUGCUAAGAAGUAAGCUACCUCAUUUAAAAGAUAUUUUAAAAAGUAUGUUACAGGCAAGCUAGAGCAUAACUAGUGAUUUCCAACUUUUAAUGUGACAGUAGACUAAUGCUAAUUUCAGACUUCUCUUUAACAAGACACAAUCAAAUUAGAACGUUACUACUUAAUGCUAUGCUGUCAACUUUCAAGGUUUUCUUAAAUAACAAAUAAUAAUAACUUAAUUAGCAAGUUAGUUAGCUUGUGCUUACCACCACAGCCCAUCUUUGACAUGGCAGGUCACCAGAUGCAUGCGACGAUUGCAUUUUACACACUUUACGGUCCUCCUCAGUAUCCCACGUUUCUGCAUCCAUCUAAUUAUUUUUCUUCUGUUCUUCUUUGUAUCUGACAGCCUAAUUAUUUUCAUCAGUUCUCUCACUUGUACCAUUGCAAACAAUGACCGCUGGCCCGUUCCGCUCGCGCAGUCGGAGUUCCGCGCCUCUUUGCAAAAGCAGGAAGGUCAGGAAGUACGUCACUUCGAUUUUGUGAUUGCUUGAUUAAUAGACAAUACAUCUCAUUACAUUGCUACCAACACAAGCCUGGUUUUCGUGGGUUUACUAUUCUUUAUUAUACUUUUUCAUAAUGUUUUUAAUCAUCCUCUUUUUUUGUUGUGGUAAUUGUAAUACCCGUGAUGUUUGAAUUUGAACUGAAUGCGCGCUUUCACGUAACGUCAACGUCCCCCUGGCUAACGAGAGCUAUCGAUCCACACACAGGAGUGCUGCAUCUGGCGUGAAAGCUUCAUCGUAUAAAGGUAACCGUACCAGGAAAGCAAAGUAGCUAGUACCACCAACGUUUGCCUUAGAGAUGGAAACUCGUUUGACCAAAAGGGUGUGUGAGGCGAUGAAGGCCGAGGAAGCUCAGGAAGAAGUUGUGGACGAGACAAACAAGGACAACCAGACAGAUGUGGAAGAGGUCCCCGUUCGACUGAAGAAAAAGAAGCUAGUCAAAUAUUCCCCAAAGAAACUGAUGUCUCCAACAGGGGCAUUGGAGUUGGCCAAGCUGAAAGAACAAGCCAAGGUGGAUCAACACAAGAUUAAACACCUUGAGGACCGCAUUAAAUACCUGGAAGAGGCCAACAGGGAUCUAAAAAAUGACAAGGACUUCCUCCUUUCUCAAAUUAAGGGAGCCUCCAACAUGCCUGGAUCUACUGGGAAAGGUUCCAGCAAGGCUGCUCUGGAACUUACUUCAACUUCGACAUCUCCGUGCCCAUCCUCAGAAUCCAGUUUCUCAUCAUCCUCAGAGGAAGAGGAGCAGAAGAAGAAGAAAAAGAAGAAGGCCAAGAAGUCCAAGAAACACCUUGCUUCUCACAGCCGUUCAAGGAUGACCACAACGGAUGGAGUUAUCCGCCGCUACAAGAAUGCCCUGCACAUUUUCAACAAGUAUGGAUCCAUGAAAAGGGCCUUUGCCAAAAUCAACGUUGACCGCAACACAAUUGCAAGAACAGCAGCAAUUGCUGAACUAGCAAUCACAUUUCCAGACACAUUCAAGGAGCUGCUUCCACAAGAUGAAGCAAAUGAGAAGAUGUCUGUGUUUGCAGAGCGGUGCAGGGAGGCCAUAACAGAGGAGAUGGCUGGAAUAAUCACAGCAAAGAAAAAAAUUGGAAAACUCCUCCCAAUCAUGUAUAAAUACACUUAAUAAUGUCAUGAUCAUAUUCAUUCUGAAUAUUGUUGCCGAUGUUAAGUUAUUUUGUUCCUACACACAGACCAUAUGUUGUACCGACCUGCUUGAGGAGAAGUAAUGCAACAGAUUAUUCUGUUUAAAUUUUUGUGUUCAAAUGCAUUAGGAAUAAAACUAUCACAGCUAAGAGAAAAAGCAGAAAACUCCUCCCAGUAAUGUAAACUUAAAUUUCAAAAUGUUGAUCAAUGUUAAUAUUCAGUUUUUCCAUAUUGACUGUUACAACACUGCUUGAGAAGUGAAGCAGCAGCUACUUUGUCAAUGGUUUAUGUUUAAAUGCAGAAAGGAAAAAUAUCUUGUCUUUUGAUAUUGUUUAGACAUCAUUUGACAAUGUAAUUAUCCUUAAUUAUGUUUCAAUAAAAAGUCG